AUGACAUUCACUUCCCCACUAACUCUCACUGCCAUGAGUCUGGAGCGCUACGUUGCCAUCUGCAUGCCCCUGCGUCACUCAGAGAUCUCUUAUGUACGCAGAGCAUUCAACUGCAUCAUCAUAAUCCACGCCGUCUCCUCCGUAGAGCCCAUCACAAUGACUGUCAUCUAUAUCGCAUCUGUUCCUCACCACAUUUACACCUCAAAUGCUUUAUGUCAGGUAGAAGUAUUCAUCAUUCACACCUGGCAGCAACAUCUGAGGGUGGUAAUGACUAAUGUGUACUUUCUGGUGAUGUUUAGUGCCAUUUUAUUUAGUUAUGGCAAAAUCAUGCAGGCUGCAAAUCGUGCAACCUCUAGCAACGGUAAAUCAGCGGCACGAGGUUUAAAGACCGUCAUAUUGCAUGGACUGCAGCUGCUGCCCUCUCUCAUCCAGCUGUGGUGUCCAUUUGUAGAGCAGGCCUUUCUAAAUGUCGAUGUUUACAUGUACAUGGAGGUCAGAUAUUUUAACUAUAUUGUUUUUAUGUUGUCCCCUCGGUGCUUAUGUCCACUUGUAUAUGGGUUGAGGGAUGAGAAGUUUUUUAUGGCUUUGAAACAAUAUGCAUUCUGUGGGGUUAAGAAGGUUUCGCCAACAAAAACAUAA